UUUAACAAUUUUAGGGAGGGUGAUGCUGCGACGUGUAAACAGAGGAUCAAUAUAAUUGGCGGUUAUUGAUUUGAUUGACAUUAAUUUGAGAUCCCCGUUUCUUAGUUCGGUUGUGUGUGACUUGUUCCAUUGGGUCUCGCGAGAUUUUGUAGCGUUAAUGGAUACGGGCUUUUAUGGGGGAUUUUCUUGUCUCUAUGCCUAGAAGUGAGAAAACUCAGAUUCUUAGUGCUAAGACAAAAAUGGUAUUUGACCCGGGAUUUGUGGUCUUCCUUUUGUUAUUUACAGGGAAUUCAAAAGGACAAGAUGACAGCGAGAAUCCACCCAGUUUGAUGAAGGCUCAUUCCAGAAUGUACCCCUUCCCCUGGGAUACUUGGUGGGGCUAUGGAGGAAGAGCAGGUCCAGAGUACUGGGGUGAAGCAUACGCUGGUAACUGGCACAUGUGUUCUAAGGGGAAGCAGCAGUCUCCCAUCAACAUCGAGCCCGAUCUACUCCUCUAUGAUAGUAACCUAGGGCGUCUGGUCGUCAACUCUCCCCCUGUGCAGGGUAAACUACAGAAUACAGGAAAUGAUAUUACAUUGACCCUUAUGAAUGACGUCAAGAACCAGGUCAACGUCACUGGUGGUCCCCUCUCUUAUAUGUUCCGAAUCACAGAUGUCAAAUUUCAUUUCGGAAGAAGACAACGAGCGUCCGAACACCAGAUAAACAACAAAUCGUUUACAGCAGAGAUGCACAUAAUAGGAUACAAUUCUGAGGUUUACAGAACAAUGGACGAGGCUGUAAAUGGCGUAAGGGGCCUCGUUGCUAUCGCUGUUUUUAUUGAGAUAGGACUGGUAUCGAAUUAUCCAUUGGAGUUAAUAACAAAGCGACUGAGGAAUAUACCAACAAAAGGUAACAACACGAACAUUAGUGGCUUCACACUGACUGACCUUAUUCCCAACACCACGGAGUAUAUGACGUAUGAAGGAUCGUUAACGAUACCCGGAUGUCAAGAGAGUGUGACGUGGAUAAUAUUUAACAAACCAAUUUACCUAUCUGCUGAUCAGAUGAAGCUCUUCCAAACUGUACCAGAGAUGCGUUGGAUUCACACAAACACCAGGGCGGUGAUGCCAUUAAACCAGAGAGUCAUUAGAACUAAUAUCAAUGUCAAACAGAAAAAUGACAUUUGUUCCAUAGAACAGCAUUUCAGCUACAAAGUAAAUGAAAUGUUCACUUCAUGACAAGGGGAAUAAUUCUUGCGAGUCAUACGCCCAUUGCGAGAAAGAGUCCCUGCAAAUACGGAGAUCAGCCGGAUAGUAACAGCAGAUCGAAGCUCGAGUUUCAUCUGACAUUGGUGCUAUGAAACCCUGUGGUGUUUGGCAUUUAUCAGUAUUCACGCUUUAUCUGGCGCGCUCCUUCAGAAGAAUGCUGACACUACCCGGUGCUGUUUUCGAACGCUCCCUGUAUGCAAAUCUGUUAUAAAUGUGAAUAGUGUGUGGAUUUUUCAGAGAAACAGGUGCUAUAUCGCGUGAAGUAGGAAGAUAAUUAUGAUACACCCACGCUUUUGUGAAGCAUUACCUUAGUAUUCCAUCUAUUACAUGAAAUAAUAGACAGCUUAAGUUUGGUAUCCUGUCAUUUUUUUCUUUUGUUUGUUUUGUAUCAAAAUACAUGUAUGUGUACAUGUAUGUACUAUUUUAUUGUUUCUUUUUUAACAUGUACACAUGUAAAUUUGCUAUACGCAGGACCUUUGUUGCGAGUACUCGAUUUGUUAGACUUUCAAGUUUAUUCAAUAUGUUACGAACUUUUUUUCAAAUUGUUUGCACGUAUUGAUUUUAACAUUUACUUGUUAUGUAAAAUAGAUAUUAUAAUAUUAUAAUGUAUGAAACAAAAUUAGUAUGAAUAUAAAAUAAACAAUACAUACAUUUAA